CAUUGUUAGGAGAGGGUAUCUUUUCAACCAAUAUCUAUCGUAGGCAUUCACGUGAUCUCGCCGAACGCAGUUCUUCCGUAAACCAUCGAUGAACAUGACUCUAAAAUCGAUAGCGAAAGACAGCUCGACAAAAACUGAAAUUGCUGAGAAAGUUGUAGUAGUUAUUAUAUCGUAAUAUUUUUUAAGUAAUUCAAGAAAGACAAAUAUCGAAAUAUUAUUGGAAUUAUUUUCUCGAAAUUUUCGGAGACAGAAGCACAGUUUUAAAGUCAUUGUAUGGAGUUGAAGACUGAGCCUCAACAGAGGCCUGGGGCUGGGAUUGCCACCGUUGGAACCAGCGGGCCACUGGCUUGCGGCAGUGCAAACUGCGCAGCUUGUCAAAAACCCAUUCGAGAGCGGUACUUACUGAAGGCCCUUGACCAAUUUUGGCAUGAAGAUUGCCUCAAAUGUGCCUGCUGCGACUGCCGUCUCGGCGAGGUGGGAUCCACCCUCUUUACGAAGGCCAAUCUCAUCCUCUGCAAGCGGGAUUACCUCAGAUUAUUUGGCACAACUGGUUUGUGCUCAGCAUGUAACAAGACCAUUCCAGCAUUUGAAAUGGUGAUGCGAGCUCGCGGCAAUGUGUACCACUUAGAAUGUUUUGCUUGCCAACAAUGCAAUCACAGGUUCUGCGUUGGUGAUCGCUUUUACUUGUAUGACAACAAGAUUUUGUGCGAGUACGACUACGAGGAACGGGUUUUGUUCGCUUCCCUGCCGAUCACGUGUCCCGGAUUGGCCCAACUUAAACGACAGGCCUUGCAAAUUACCGAAACCGUCGUCAGAGAUGACGGUUCCAGCGGAUAUGGCAGUGGAGAUUCACCUUAUGAUGGACGGUAGCAAUUCCUGAACAAGGUUCAUGGUCAAGCACCUGCGGCCACCGUGAGCCGAGUAAAUAUUUUAUAACUGUUUUUAUUUUGCGCAAGCUCAGGAAAGAUUAGCUGCUGAGAUACUUACUCUACAGCAGCAAACUGUUUUCUUUAUCUUUUAAGCACAUGAGGUGUUUAGCAAGGAUCAAGAACAUCUUGCUAACUUGUGCUACACGUGCAAUGUUUUCGUUUCGAUGAAUUUGUGCCAUAUGAGCAAUGCUUUUCAUUUUUGACAAUUCUGGAGAUUGUUGCACACAAUAUAUGCAACAAUAAACAAUGUGUACGUAUCUUAUUGUUCCAUAUAUCGCGUGUGCGCACCUUGUAAAUGAUCAAGGAAAGAAAGUCUAUGAAUUUUAUAAUUAAUGGUUACUAAUUUAUUUAUUGUUACUUCAUAAUUCGCAGUUAUGUAUAUUCUUAUACCAUAAAAUUCGCAGUUAUAUAUAUUAUUAUUCUUCAUGCUGAUUUAUAAUUACAGUGCUCUCUUUUAAUCAAGACGAUUAUAAAUGAUUUUGGUGGCCUUAAAGUAGGAUAAAUAUUGCUGGUAUUUUUGUUAUGGAUUAGUUUCAGUAAUAGGGAAAAUUUGAUUUAAGUUGCGACUAAUCUUUGGAAUAUGGUAACAGGUAGUUUGGCGACAUUUUGGUAAGGCGAUAAAGGUUACUAACUAGGACUUUAGCAGUGUACAUGGAUAAAGUCAAGAGUGUGCGCAGUGCCAUUUUUGUG